CAUGGACGGUAUGUCUGGUCGUCCUAUUAGCGUAGCAAGCGUUUUUGAUUGGACUGAUGCUCUACCAAGGAAUAAAGUUAAUCCUCCACCUGGAAGAUUCGUUUAUAGGAACAGAAAAUCAAUGACAAAAGGAGAACUAGAAAUUCUAACAGGCUUAUACAAUAAUCGCCUGGAAAAGAAAAAAUCCAAAUGUUUCAAAAAUUUACAGUCUGUUACCAAUUUUAAAGAAAAAUUGAUAAAUUCGUCUAAAAGGCAGGAGAAGGAUAUCAAUAAAGAACAAGACUCUACUCCUACAGCUCCAACAGGAAUAUCUGGUCCUCCAAGAACUAUCAUUAACAUUAGGUUACCAAGAGCACAUUCUCCACCGGCCGCCCCUUGCUCUAGUCCGGAGAUAACAAGACGAUCAAGUGGUGAGGAACUUCCUUGA